UCUCUCUCUCUCUCUCUCUCUCUCUCUGUUCAGCCGGCCAAUUUUUCCCGGAGAAACUCUGGCAAAUGUCUAAGAUUACAUUCUUUGAGCUUCAUAAAAAUUAACAUGUUUUAUUUUGAGCUUGCUUGAAUUUUCCUUCUCAUAUUCUCGGGAAAGUCUGCUUCAAUUUUGCUUCUUAACCCAAAAUUCUCAUCUGGGCGUCUCUAGAGUUAACGUGUUUUCAAAGAUUUAUUAACCGACUACUAUAACAUGGCGGAAGCUGAGGAAAAUGGAAAAACAAGGCAUGUUCCAUUGCAGCUGGGUAGUUUUUCAAGCGAUCAAUUACAAAGAUUUUUCUCGGGAAACCAUUUUCCGAGAAAAUUCGAGAAGAGAAGUCGAGAUAAUUAUGAGGAGGAGGAAGAAGAAGGGAUAGAGCUGAGUCUUGGGUUGUCAAUGAACGGUCGAUUUGGGGUGGACCCAAACAGAUCUAUGAAACUUCUGCGCUCUUCUUCUAUAUCAGACUUCAUGAUCAGUACCGUAGAAAAGAACAUGGGGUUUACGGUCCCGGUAGCUACGUACACGUCUUUGACAAGGACGUGUUCGCUGCCGACGGAGACGGAGGAGGAGUGGAGGAAGCGAAAGGAGUUACAGUCACUGAGGCGUUUGGAAGCAAAGAGGAAGAGGGUAGAGAAGCUAAAGAACGUGAGAGUGGUGAGAGAAAAGUUGGAAUUGGAAGAGAGUUGUGAAGAAAAUGGUCAUGGGUUGGUGGAAAUUAAUGGGAAUGCUGAGUUUUUGGGACCUGUUGGGGCUGUCAAUUUGGUUAAUGGAGGCAUAGGAGGGGUUGGGAAUGGGCAUGGAGUGGAAUCGAAAGGCGAAAAUGGUAUUGGGUUGGUGAAUCAAGAGGGUAUUAAUGGCUGGUUUCCCCCCAAACAGCCCUCAUCACAGGGGUCGAUGGGAUCACAAGGGAGUGGUUCUUCGGGUAUAUCCGAUUUGGAGAGUCAACCAAUUCACGGAACAAACAAAUACAAUGAUGGGAGAAGAUUCGUCAGCGCCCAGUCUCUGCCUCUGCAUAUGGAACCUAGAUCCGUAGUCAUUCCUGCAACAACAACUGAUAAACCCGGAAAGUUUACUGGGGCUGCGAUGGAGAAUCCAUCUAUGAAAGUUGCUGUUGCUGACAAGGAGGCGAAGAAAAUGGUGAGAAAUAUGAUGGUAGACAUGCCUUGUGUCACAACAAAGGGAGAGGGACCAAAUGGAAGAAAAAUAGAAGGGAUUCUAUACAGAUACAGGAAGGGAGAGGAAGUGAGGAUAGUAUGUGUCUGUCAUGGCAGUUUUCUCACUCCGGCCGAGUUCGUCAAGCAUGCUGGUGGUGGUGAUGUGCCUAACCCACUUAAGCAUAUAGUUGUUAAUCCUUCUCGUUUCUUGUAAUAGUAAGAGCCUCCGCCAACCCCUGAAGACAAAGGGGAGACCAAUUCGAAGAACAAAGACAGUACCUUUAAUUUUAAUGGUACAUUCCGAAAAAGCAGCGGUUUUAAUUCUGCUGUUGGAUUUCUUGAUUAUGCUGGGGAACGGUUUUUGGUUCAGGCAAUUAUUUUCUUAUUUUUUAGUAACUGAAUAGGGUUUGUGGGAUAUGAGGAAGUAACUGAAUAGCAGUUGGCCAAACUGCCCUUGACGUUGUGGGUUUGAAUUUCGUCAUUUUUCUCUCUUCU